CCAAAAGACCGGAUAACGUGUAUAAAUCCCUAGUCGAUGUGUGCUGAUUUUUAGCUGACUACUCGAGCCUGCUGAAGCUGAAGGCGCCGACGUGGACGCGGCAAGAGCUCCAGGAGGCCAUCGAGGCCGUAGUCACGCAGAAGAUGCGCUUCACCCAGGCCUCGAGCAAGUACGGUAUACCCAAGGGCACCCUCUACGACAACAUCCUCGGUAAGUCCAAGAGGAUGAUGGUGCUCGAGGAGGCUGCCCUCGACAACGCCGAGGAGACGGCGGUGCUCGAGUUCUGCUGCGACAUCAGCGUCAGCCCCUAUAAUCGGCGAACAAAAAAGUCCCUCAACGCGAUCCUCAAUUUCGUGGAGAAGCUGAGGCGGCAGCGCGACCCCGGCUUCUCCUUCACCGGCCUCUCCGGCUUUCGCUGGUGGUGGGCCUUCUGCAAGAAGCACGGCAUCGUCUCUCUCUACUUUAACGACGAAAACGAUAACGAAUGAUA